ACUAUAUACAACGCCCCGCCCAAACAUAACUUUGUGUAACAGUUUCUAUUGCACCAAAUGAUGUUCGGAUUCAAGAUGAUUACGUCGUUAAAUUAAUAUUACAAAAAUUAUACAUAUAUUUCUAUUAUAAUAAUAAAAAUUUAAUUAAUAAUAUAAAAUUCAUCAAUAAAAGAACUAUUUAAGAGGAAUCUUUAAAAUUUAUAAAAUGUCCAUUUUAGACGAGCGAGAGGAUUAUCUGAAGAAUCCCUUCUUUGUGAAGCAUGAAUAUGGUGAUUUUACACCAUUUUAUGUCACUGUCACUAUCUGUUCUCUACUAUUUGCAUUUUUGUGCAUUCUGAACAUUGGAUUUUGUUGUUCGCGUCAUCGAUAUUAUUGGCAAAGUCCUCAUACUGGGAACAGAUGGAUUCAACCAUUAUGGACAGUAUUACCGCAUAAAACACCACCUUUGGAUUUAACUGAAUUAGAACCAGGACGUGCUUUUGAGGCACAAGAGAAACAAGAGGUUUUACAAUAUCACGAUCCAAAGCCAUAUGGAACUGCACCACAAACACAAGAAUAUAUGGAAAUGCAAAAACAGAUGCUCUUGAUGCAUUGGGAUUGAAACGAUAUUGCUGUCGUAGAAUGCUUCUUGGACAUGUAGAUUUAAUUGAAAAACUUUUGAAUUAUGCACCAUUAGAAAAAUAAAAAUGUAAAAUUUUAUAUAAUAUUAAGAUAUUAUUAUUUAUAUAAAAAUAUAUUUUUUUAAAUUAUGUGAGAAUAGAUAAAGAAAAGGAAUAAAUAUACAAAUAUUAUUGUAAAAUGAUUUGUAUUUAAAAAUCUUAAUUAUUUUUUUUUUUACCAGAAAUAUGUAAAAAUUUUUAACAAUGGUAUAAAAAAUCGAUUGAUUUAUAACAAGUUCAAUAAAAGUUGCUUCAAAAA